AGCUAGCUGGAGAGACGAUGAGAGGUAGAGAAAGAGAGAGAGAGAUGAUGGGAUGACAGGCGAGCACGGGCAAGGCAGACUAUUCAAAGCAGAGGGUUUUCCGGUCACGAGAAUUAGUUUACAACUCGGAAGGAGCAAGGAAGAAGGGAACCAUGGGGAUAUGACAGGGGAGUUUACAACCAAGCAACACCCUUUUUCUUCACGAACUUUCCCGAUGAUUGGAGCUACGGGGAUAUGUGGCGAACUUUUCUCAAAUUUGGGAGGGUUUAUGCCAUUCAUAGCCCAUAGAGGAAAGGGAGGGAGGGGAGCAGGUUCGGCUUUACCAAGAUACAAUGAGACCCAGAGGGUUUCAAUAGAAGAAAGGAGGAAAGGAGGGAAGCUCCAACAACAGAGAAGCUAUGUGGAUGUAGUGAAAGAUGGAAAAGAGGAAAAAGAAGUUGCAGUUGAAAACAAAAGAAGAAGCCAGAUGAUCAAAACAGACAAACAGCACAAGAUGAUCAGAACAGACGGACAGCAUAAAUUUCAAGCAUGGAGGACCAAGGAAAGAAGCAAUAACAAGGCAGGACUGGAACUAAAAACCAUGAAGGAAGACGAAGAGUGGCUCCAGGAUUGCAUGGUUGGAACUGUUCACUCAAUUGAAGUGGUCCCAUUACUACAAGAAAGAUUUUACAUGGAAGGAUAUUUUACAUGCAAGGUCUGGCCAAUGGGUGGGAAGCUUUGUCCUACUGGAAGGAGACCAGUCACCAUCACAAUUAGGGGAGCUCAAUACAAAAUCAAGGUGACAGAGGAGGAAUCAACAGAGCACUUGUUUAGAUUAAAAUCAGAUUAUGCUUUUAGCAACCAUGAGGACUCGGAGGAUAGUGAGUCUUGGUCAUUGGGGAGUAAUGCACAGUCGGAGUAUGGCAAGGAAGCUUAUGGUUUUCAGGGUAAAAGCUCACACUGUGUGGAAGAACAGGAUGCAAUGAAAGCUGCAAAUGAUGACGUGGCAUUUGCACGUUGGAAGGAUGAGGAAAAGUCAGUAAAUCAUAUGGAGGAUGAAGAAGUCAGAAAAUCAAAAGAAAAAAUAGAGAGUAGAGUGGCGGUAGAUGUCUCACAAGCCAGAAAUUUGAAUUUAGACUCUUUGGAAGUGGUGCUUGAUAGCUUGAUGUGCUUAGAGUCCCAAGAGGUGGCCAAUGGCAGGGAUAAUAAAUGCCAAGCACAAGAAGAAGUCAGGGGAAGUCUGGAAAUGGGUGAAGAUGACGAGCUAACUCAAAGAGAAACUGAUUGGCCCAAUGAAGAUGGGCUAGCUGCAAGGAAUACCAAAAAUAGUGAAAAAGCCAUCAUGGGAGAUCCCUUGAGAGGAAGGCCAGAUGGGCGAUGGCUGAAAUGGGUCCAAUGGCUCAAAAUAAGUCUCCGAGCAAACCAGAACCACAGAGGGGCAAGGGAAAUAUGGGAGACUGCAAAGGAAAUUGGGUUGGUGGCAAACGGGAAUGAAGAGGAAAUUACCCAAAAGAUAGAUCAAAUGGAAAUCAGAGACAGGAAAGCAAAAGAUCGCUUGAGGAAGCAGUGCGAUGAGGAAGAUAAAAUAGAAGGCAAAAGACUGUUGUGGGAGGAGAUUAAAAAUGCAGUGACAACAAGCAGGGGAAAUUGGUGUGUGCUAGGGGAUUUUAAUGCAGUAAAGUCACAACAUGAAAGGGUGGGGAGUAGUGGAAAUAUAAGAGAAAUGAGGGAGUUCAAGCAGUUUAUACAUGCCUUCGGUUUAGUAGAUCUACCCCUGGUUGGAAGAAAAUUCACAUGCUAUCACUCAAAUGGUAGUGCUAUAAGCAGGCUGGAUAGAAUUUUGUUGUUUGAAGAAUGGUUGUUAAACUGGGAGGAUGUGACACAGUGGGGAUUAAAGAGAACAAUAUCAGAUCAUUGUCCAGUGAUAUUGAAAAAUGAGAAGGUUGAUUGGGACCCUAAACCUUUUAGAUUGUUUGAUGUGUGGAUGGAGAAACUGGGAUUCAGGGAAUUGGUGGAGGAAACUUGGCAAUUGACUGAGGUACAGGGAUGGAAAGGUUUCUGUUUAAAAGAAAAAUUGAAAAAGUUGAAGAAUGCCUUGAAAAGUUGGAGUCACAAUUAUAUGGAGGAGGUUGAUCAGAAGAUAACCAAUGUAGAACAUAUCAUAGCAGAUUUAGAUAAGAAAGGAGAGGGACAACAACUUUCAGAAGAAGAGAUAGAAGAAAGGAGGGAGGGAUUUGCAGAACUAUGGAAAAACAUAAGAAUUAAAAAUAGAAUGUGGCAAGAGAAAGCAAAGAGGACAUGGCUACGGGAGGGAGAUGCAAACACAGCAUUCUAUCACAAAUUCUUUCAAAACAGAAAGAGAAGGAAUGAAAUAAAUAGCAUCCUGGUCAACGGCAGGCAGUGUGAGCAGGUAGCAGUGGUUAAAGAGGAGAUUGCAAAGCAUUUCCAAAACUUAUUCACGGAAGAAAUGUGGAGCAGACCGAAGUUGGAAAAUAUGAGUUUUGAGCAAAUCUCUGAGGCACAAAAUUGUUUCCUUACAGCCCCAUUCACUGAGGAGGAGAUUAGAGUAGCAGUGUGGGAUUGUGACAGCUCAAAGGCACCAGGGCCUGAUGGUCUCAACUUUAGCAAACAGAUUGAGAAAUGUGUUAGAUGGACAGUAAUUGGAGACACCCAAAUGGCUUUUAUUGCAGGAAGACAGUUACCAGAAAGUGUUGUGAUCGCAAAUGAAGUGCUGGAUGAGCGAAAAAUGGAGGAAAUGGAUUCAAGAAUGCCUAAAAACUGCAUCAAUAUCUGUGCUAAUAAAUGGCAACCCCUCACAACAAAUCAAGAUGUCAAAAGGCCUGAGACAAGGGGACCCAUUAUCCCCUUUUCUAUUUUUGUUGGUAGCAAAAGGUCUGAAUGGGUUGAUAAUGAAGGCUAUGAUACCUUGAUCAUGGGGGAGGCAGAAGAAAAGAAUAUAUGGGCUGUCAAGUGUAUCAUGAGAAGUUUUGAAUUGGUGUUAGGAUUGAAGAUCAAUUAUGCUAAGAGCCAGUUAAUGGGUGUUAAUGUGGAAGAGGAAUGGGUAACCCGGAUGGCAAGCCUGUUAAAUUGCAAGAUUGGCACAAUACCUUUCAAAUAUUUGGGCACUUGGGUAGGUGGCAAUCCAAGAAACAUCAUGUUCUGGAGAGAGCUGAUUGAAUCUUUCGAGAAGAAGUUAGCAAAAUGGAAAGGCAAGUAUGUCUCAACGGGUGGCCGGAUAACUCUUAUAAACUCAGUAUUGUCUUCAUUGCCCGUGUUCCAAAUGUCGACUCAUCUUCUCCCAAAAGGGAGACAAUAUCCGGUGAACCAAAUGGGCAUAUGGGAAGAUGGCCGGUGGAGAUGGAACUUGAAGUGGAAACGAGAUCUUAGGGAGUGGGAAAAAGUGAUGAAAAAGAGUUGUUGGAUGCAAUCACACCGAUUCAACCCAAUCAAGGAAACGAGGACAAGUGGCUUUGGAUAUUAGAUAGUAAGGCUGGCUACUCCACAAAGUCAGCAUACCAAUUCCUAACAUCAAGGCCUCAUCGAAUCGAAGAGGUACCAUAUAAAAAAUUUGGAACCCA